CUGUGAUAAGAGGAUAAAUAUUAAACCAAGAUUACGUUCGCUAAUUGGGUUAUGACGGACCGCAGUCUAAUUAAAGUCGUGAAAAGUGCCGAAAAUUGGAGCGAAAUUAAAUAUGGACCCGCGGCCCGACUGAAAUGUCCGGCGACUUCAAGCUCAUCCUCGGCUCGCUCCUGCACAACGACAGCCUGAACCUCACCGAGAGCCAGCUGCAGGAGGCGCUCCAGCACCUGGAGCUCAUGCAGAACGGCAGCGAGGGCCGGCAGCCCGUCGACUGCGGCGGCAACUUCGAGAUCGUCGCCAAGACGUACGCCCACCAGUACCACCCCUACCUGGCCAUCGCCGUGUGCCUCUUCGGCACCGUCGCCAACGUGCUCAACAUCGCCGUGCUGACGCGCAAGGACAUGGCCUGCGCCCCCAUCAACCGCAUCCUGAAGGCGCUGGCCGUGGCCGACAUGAUCCUCAUGAUCGAGUACAUACCCUACGCCUACUACGACUACAUUUUCGUGAAGAAGAAAAUGGACUUUCCGUAUCCGGGCGCCGUUUAUAUGCUCUUCCACGCACACAUUACGCAAAUUCUUCACACGACGUCGAUUUGUCUUACGCUCACGCUGGCGAUAUGGCGAUAUUUAGCGAUAGGGUAUCCCCAGUACAGCAGCACCUUGUGCUCGGACUCCCGCUGCACCGUCGCCAUCACCCUCAGCUACAUCAUCCCCGUCGUGCUCUGCAUCCCCAACUUCAUCACGUUCACCAUCACAGGCGAGGAAAUCACCGAAAACAACGAGCAAGUUAUCCUCUACCACACCGACCUCACGGACACUUUCAAGAACGAUCGAGCCCUUCUGCGUCUGCAGUUUUGGACGUAUGCCGUGUUCAUGAAACUCCUCCCCUGCUGCAUCCUCACGGUGAUCAGUCUCUGGCUCAUCUACACCCUCUUCAAGGCCAAGAAGCGCAAACAGGUGCUGCACGGCUACGACUGCGUGCCGCUCCGCGCCCCUAAGAAGAAGGCGUCCAAGGCCGAACGUCGCGCAGACCGCACCACGAAAAUGCUGGUGGCGGUGCUGACCCUCUUCCUCAUCACCGAGUUCCCCCAGGGCAUCUUCGCGCUGUUGAUCGCCAUCAAAGGCAAAGACUUGUUCGUCCGAUGCUACUUGCUGUACGGCGAAAUAAUGGAUAUUCUAGCGCUGAUCAACGGCGCCAUCAACUUCAUCCUCUACUGCUGCAUGAACCGCAUGUUCAGGGCCACGUUUGGCCAACUCUUUAAGCAUAAAAUUCUGGCACAGUGGGCCCCCUCGUCCGAAAUGCACACGACGAUUUUUGUUACGUUUCAGGACGUCGGCAAAUGGAACGCAUGCGACUGAACUGUGAACGGUUGUUGUCUCUAGAUAUUAUCAAUGUGAAAAAUACAAGUUUAUACUUGAGCCCUGAACCAACUUGUAUUUUUAAUAAGACUAGUGUUAUCGAAUAUCAAUUGUGUUUUUUGUAAAAUAAGGUGUGGAAAUAAAUGACUCGUUGCUUGUUA